AGAAGUUUCGAAAUCGCCCGCCGUUAGUUGGGCGUUCUUGCGCUCGUCGACUGCCCUGCCGAGCGUCCGCGCGAGAUCUGAGACUCGGCGAGGCACCGCGAUGAGUGAGCAGCGGGGAAACGGGCGCCGCUGGUGGAACUGGCGGCGGCGUCGGCGCCACAGGUACAAGCUGAAGGACGCGCACUCCGAGGAGGACGUGUCGCUGUACGACGCCGACCCGCUGCCCAGCCUGCAGAAGGUCACCACGUCGGACGACACGCUGCUCAACCCCGACCGCAUCCACGUGCACUAUGAUGACGACGAGGACGUCGACGACGCCGCCGCCGCCGCCGCUGUCUUCGCGGUGGACCAGGCCGAGGCCGAGGCGCUGUGGGAGUCGCUGGUGUGGCGCGAGGACAGCGUCGAGGACGAACCGGACACCGACAAGUGCCUGAGCGAGAGCGAGGUGGAGAACACGGAGAGCGAGGGCGAGGGCGAGGACACGCCCAAGGAAGGCGGCUGCAACGCCGUGCAGACCAUCGUGGAGCGCCUUCGGGCGUGUGGAAUCCGCCACGGGCGCGCCGUGGACCACGACCUGCGCCGCGACAGCUACACGUGGACGUCGCACGACCUGCGGCAGUUCCUGCUGCACAAGGCCCGCCUGGAGCACGGCGGCCCCUACGACCACAUCGAGGACGACAAGAACGAGAGCUUCGAGCUCACGCACGCCAAAAACCGACGCAACGCCACCUCGUACCGCCACCGGACGUCGCCACCACCAACUUCUGCGUCGCCGCCGCCGCCACUGCCCCCGCCGGGCCCGUCCCCAGGCACGCCGCGCCCUCCGGGCAGAGGCGCCAGGGCCUCGGCCGCGGCCCUCCUGCGGGGGCAGUGGCGGCCGCGGCUGACGGCGCCGCGGAGCUCCGUGCAGCUGGAGCACGUAGGGAUGCGGGACAUGUCGCCGCCGCCGCCGCGGCCGCGCCUCUGGUCGCUGCCCGCCAUCAUCGUGACCCAGAGCGAGGACCCCAAGUCACCGUCGCCGCCCAAUUACAGGGACGAGUUCGGCGACGCCAUGAACUACCUGACGGUGCCGAGCGCCCACCGCACGCGGACGCGCUCGGACGAGGAGCGCGAAACGGGAGGCGACGCCACGCGGGGGAAGCCCCUCGCCCACAGGGCCUCGGCGCCCGCGGGCAGCGUGGAGGUCGAGCCGCACAGCGUGGGCGCCGGCCUGGCGUCGGCGACAAAGCUGGGCUCCAUCAUGGACCUGUGGGCGGGCAACUGGGACAUCCGCGCCGACGCCCCCAGCCGCGACGACAGGGCCUUCCCCCGAGGGUCGCCGCCCCCCGACCCCAGGCCGCAGCCGGCGCCGGAGUACCUCCAGUACGAAGAAUCCUUUAUGUACGGGCGUUACUCGGCCAACCUCGCCGAGUACGCCCGUCAGGAAGCCCGCCGCCUCCGCGAGGACGACCACCACAAGGACGAGGUCCUCUUCUCCAAGGAGCUGCAGCCGUACCGGGGGAGGGUCGCCAGGACCUGCAUAUCCUUCAUCAGACCCAUAUGGGACCACACCUUCGCCCGGCUCGGGGAGGACUGGGUGUUCCUGUUCAUCCUGGGCACCGUCAUGGCCACUAUAUCCUUCCUCAUAGAUGACAUUGUCCAUAUCUUCUUUAGUACCCGAACGCGACUCCACGAUUACCUUGGCGACACCCACUGGGGGCUGCAGCUGUUCUCGUGGGUGAGCAUCCCGACGCUGCUGGUCAUCUUCGCCGCCGCCUUCUGCCAGUGGAUGGCCCCGUCCGCCGCCGGCUCGGGUAUCCCCGAGAUGAAAACCAUCCUCAGGGGCGUCGUGCUCAAGGAGUACCUCACGUGGAAGACCCUCCUGGCGAAGAUUGUGGGUUUAGCGGCUGUAUUAGGAGCAGGUCUACCACUUGGCAAAGAAGGUCCAGUCAUGCACAUGGCUAGUAUUGUGGCCACCAUGUUGACCAAGAUGCUGCGAUACAUCAAGGGAAGCGUAGAGAACGAUGCCAGAUCAACUGACCUGCUUGCCGCUGCUUGCACCAUGGGCGUGGCCGUGUGCUAUGCUGCACCCAUUGGAGGUGUUUUGUUCAGUAUUGAGGUAACGACGGUUUACUUUGCCGUGAGAAACUACUGGCGAGGGUUCUUUGCAGCUGUGGUUGGGGCAAUGUUCUACCGCCUCAUGUCAGUUUGGUUCAUGGGAGCCAAAACCAUCUACCCGCUGUUUAAAGUGCAUCUUGACUUCGACUACCCCUAUGACGUCAUUGAGCUUCUGCCGUUCCUCUGUAUUGGCAUUGUGUGUGGUUUUGCUGGAUCUCUGUUUGUCUACCUCCAUCGGAGAUAUGUCAUGUUCAUGCGAUCGAACAAGAUGCUUAAGAACUUCCUCAAGAAAAAGCGCCUCUUAUAUCCAACCUUCGUGACCAUAGCAAUCUCCAUCAUGACCUUUCCAGAGUGUUUAGGUCAGUUCAUGGCAGCAACAAUACCCGCAAGUCAACAGAUCCUGCAGCUGUUCAGCAAUGUGACGUGGACGAAGCAAACUGAGAUCCUGUCAGAGGAUCAGCAGAGAAUCCUGAGCAAUUGGCUCCCUGACGUGGAGGGGAACUUCCACCUCAGCCUUUUUGUCUUCCAAAUUGUUACUGUAAUUCAGAUAGCUAUCUCCUCCACCUUGCCUGUGCCUUCUGGUAUGCUGAUUCCGUUGUUUAAGGUUGGAGCAGCUUUUGGCCGCCAAAUUGGUGAAGUCAUGGCGUCUCUCUACCCGUCGGGCAUCGCCCCCGGCAGACCUAUUGUCCCUGGUGCUUAUGCAAUGGUGGGAGCAGCUUCAUUUUGUGCAGCUAUUACUCACACCAUUUCCAUCUCCGUCAUUGUCUUCGAAUUGACUGGACAGAUUACUUACGUCAUACCAAUUAUGAUUGGUGUACUUAUAUCAAACUGUAUAUCAUCACUCCUGCAACCAUCUAUAUAUGAUAGCAUGAUUCGUAUAAAGAAGCUCCCAUAUCUACCUGAUAUCAUAGCUACAGGAACAGCGGAUGUAUAUAACAUCUACGUGGAAGAUAUAAUGGUGCGAGAUGUGAAGUACAUUUGGUAUGGAAUCACAUAUGUUGAGUUGAAGAGAGUCUUGAAGGAGAAUCGUAAGCUCAAAUAUCUUCCAUUGGUGGACAAGCCAGAGUCAAUGAUCCUGCUUGGGUCCAUCCAGAGGAUCGAGUUAGUCAGACUGCUUGUAGAACAGAUUUCAUCAGAAAAGCGCAGGAAGGAGGCCACAAGAAGGCAUCUUGAAGCUCUAAGGCAAAAGUGGGAGGAGGAGGAUGCGGCUGGAGGACCUAAGCAGAGCCGCAUCCGAUACGAGGAUGAGAUCAACGAGUAUGGUGAUGAUGAGCCAGUGACUACGCCAAGUCUCAUGCACAGAUUCUCAAGAUCUUUGAGUAGAUCCUUUUCACGUUCUAGAUCGGGUUCCAGGUCACGUUCAAGGUCCAGAAGCCGCCAGGAAAGCCCAUCCAGCGACAGCGACGAUUCCUCCACCUCCCCGCCGGGGUCACCUGCAUCCACACGCUCAAAGCACGAUUCCGACUCAGCCACACCACCUGGCUCUCCAGCUGUUAAUCGCCUGAAGGAUCUUUUCCCGUCAAAGUCUCCACUUACCCGCAAAUCAUCACGAUUUUCAGUAAGCAAGGUGGAUGGUGUAAUUACUGGAGGGGAAUCAGAAGGCGACGGCAAAGGAGAUGCUGCUGAAGAUAGCACAGGAAAGCCAGUCAAGAAGCGUUCCACCUUUGACCUCCUCAAGGACACAGGCAACAAGUUGCGCAGUGCAUCCUACCGCAAGAAGGAGAAUGGCGAGAAGGACCCAGUGAAGGAGCUGCGCAGAAGAGCCACUCUGAAGAGAUCAAACUCACUGGAUUCAGCAAGUUUCAGAGCAGUCAGCACUGAGGAUACAUCAGACAGCAAGGUUGCAAAGACAGAAUCUCCGAAGAAGGGCAUCCUGAAAAGACGAAACUCCUUCAGUUUGGGCAGCGCAACAACACCCAUUGCCUCACCACCAGAAACUCCGUACCAGACCAUCACUGCAGGAGAUACAAAGCUUCGCAGUGCCUUUGAGAAGAUGCGCAUGAGAAUGGAAAGCGCGAGUUCAAUGGAAUUCAAACUCUCUCAGAUCUCGCUCUUCAAGUCAAAGAAGAAGGAGCAAAUAAUGAAAAAGCCUGUUCUGGAUCUGACAGAGGAAGAGAGAUCCGUCUGGGAGUUGGUGGAAUUGUCGAAAGAGGUGGACUUCACAAGAUGCCACAUUGACCCAGCACCAUUCCAGCUUGUUGAAAGAACUUCACUCCUUCGAGUUCACUCCAUGUUCUCUAUGCUGGGUAUUAACCAUGCUUAUGUGACUGCCAUUGGACGUCUAAUAGGAGUGGUGGCUCUUAAAGAGGUCCGCAAUGCUAUUGAUGGCCAGUACGUAGGUCAGACAUCAAAUCCAACCCCUCAAGUGAGCUCUCCCAAUACGCCCACCUCCCCCAUGCGAUCCACUCUUGUUUCAGGGACAUCUCCUCAGAGACUUUCUACAUUUAAUCCUGUCAGCUUUUCCGACCCUGAGGCCGGCACACUGUCCCACAGGGGCUCUAGGACUCAGUUGGUCAAUUUUACAAAUGGUACUUCACACAGCUGAGGAAGUAAGAUUUUAGGAGAUUAAGGAAAUUGGUGGACACCCGUGAACUGUGAUCUAAGUCGUGAACCUUCGUCACUUGUUGGCAUCACCAGACAUUGACACCUGAUGCUGCAUUAUAUCUAUAGCAUGAGAUGGCAUGUGAUGACUGUUAAUUACCUACUGUGGAAAUUGACCAAAGUUGAGGACAUUCCAGUAUUUAUUUUCAAGCAGUGCUCUUGACCAUUUUGUGUUUCAGAACAUGUUUAUGACCCUUCUAGAGAGGAGUUAAUAGAUUUUCUGUUCUGACGUCUUUGAAAAUGGAAAUAUUUUCAUUGAAUAAUUUCUUUGUCUCCAAGAUAUAUGUGAAAAUGGAUAUCAUUGGUGACUUUCUGGCAUUUGUUUUUAAAUUUAGUGUGUUUGUAGUGAAAUAUUUAUGACCUUAAGGAAAAAUAUCCUUUUGUGCUCAUAAUGUCUAUUUGAUCCAAGUAGUAUUAAAAAUUAACAUGUUAUCCUACAUAUGAAAGGAUAAUUAGUCCUUCCAUUUAUGUAGGGGUAAAUAAUGUCCAUUUGUUAUUUUGGUAUUCAAAUAAUUAGUACCAUAGUUUGCAGAAUUUUUUUAACAGGAAACCAUAGCAAGAGAAUUUUAAAAAUUGGAAUGGUCACAAAUAUAGAGAAAAUAUACAUGUAAUGUAUGUUAUAAACUAAGAAGCAUAUUGAUUUCAUAACCAGUCCAAAACCCUUUUUGAGUACAUGCUUUAAAUGUUAAAGCCUUGGACAAACUGAACUGCAUUUUCAGGGCCACUGUGGAGGAAGGCGUACUGUGAUAAAAGUUACCAGAGCAAUAGCUAUGUACCAUUCCUUACAAAGGAUGAAAUUAUGAUUUUACUAUUAUUAUUACAAUAAUUACUUAUUAUUAUUAAUUAAUAUAAUUAUUAUGAUUAUUAUUGUUUCUUACUGCUCGUAACUAUGCAAUUAUUUGUAAUGAGUUCCUCUUAACUUUGCUUGUGUGAUAAUGGGAUUCUAGCAAGAUGCCCUCAAUCUUAAUUAUAUUACUAAUGAUUAUAUCAUAAAAUGUUCCUUUUAUGAAGUUUCAUGAUAUGAUUUGGGAAAUGCGUUAUCUCAUUACAGAAACAUCGGCACAAAUGCGUCUUUCACAUCUUAGUCAUUAAGCAACCUUUUUUUGGUAAUAUUUUUGUUUGUAUGUCCAUAAAUGAACUUUGUUUGUUUUACACAGUUCAUUUUUAGAUAAUUUCAUUACAGUGUACUCAUGAUGUAUUAAGUACUUUAGUAUAUACGGAUUAAAUUUGUAACUUCUAUAUGUGAAUCUCAUAUUUGUUAUUACAUGUGUAUUAUAUAGAAUUGUUUCAUUUUCUCAAGCAGUCACCAUCCUUCCCUAUUUUUCCAAUUUUUAUAAUAAAAGAGAGAAAGGUGGAAAUAAGUAGCCUUUUUUUUUUUUUUUUUUUUUUUUUUUUUUUUUUUUUUUUUUUUUUUUUUUUAUUAAAUAUAUCUGCUUGUGUUGGCGCAAUAUAAUCCAAAUGCCCAAUAUGCAAUUUCAUGUGUGGAGGGAUUCCUCUUACAGAAUUUCCAAGCUUUUUUCCUAAUACUGCUCUUGCUUUUAUAAGGGAAUGUGUUUUUAUAUUGUCAUAAAAAUGUUUUCUCACCCUGUAAAUGUACACCCUUUUAUGGAACCUUCCUCUUACCUUUUUCUUGUUUAAAACCUGGAACACCCAUCAUGUUCUAAUUCUUGGGUAGGAGAGCUCCAAAUAAUUUGUAGUAAAUUCAUGCAAAAAAAAAUAUAUAUUGCUUUACAGGCUGCUUUGCAAGGUAGGUUAAACACAAUGUAGGGUAUCAUACACAAAAGCUUCUCUUAAAUACUGAAUCACAACAUCCAACAUUAUUUCAAUUUGUAAUGCACUAAAAAGUUCUCGAAUCAAUUUGUGAUGUCUUGUUGGUGCACGUAAUGCUAGUGCUUUGUUCCAUUCCUCAGAGCUUACUUCUUUUGGUUAUUGUUGGGAUCUUCAUCAAGGCAUUCAUAUAAUACACAUUGACCUUAAUUUUUGCUUUUUGACUUCAUUUCCUUUACUUUUAGUAUAUUCUAAUUCAUGUAUUAGUAUUUUCUAAUUCAUGCAUCCCUGUAUUUACACACAAAGUGCUUAUGUUAUUACUUAGGUAAGAAUCAUGUACUCAUAAAAUGUACAAGGACACACCAUUCCCUCAUUUUUCAUGAACACAAGCAUGUGUGUAUGUAUGAAUGAUUUCUCUUAACCUUAGACUGUAAUUGGGAAAUGUCUUAUUUAUUAUACCUAUCAGACUUGCCUUCAUAAUUGUAUGUGAAUGAUUGUUAAAGAUUAACAGCAUAUUCUGUUUUGUUUAAGUUCCCCAUCUCAGACAUGGAAAAAACAGUUUUAUACCCAGUGAAUUGAACCAUUGAAAAAUUGUUGAGCCUUUGAUAUUGUAAUAAAUAUUACAAUCAAAACAUGUAUAUUGAAAAGUCAAAAGUGCCUCCUUAUAUAGUGUGAUAGUUUUCCCAACGAGGAAUUCCUAUAAAUUUGGAAAAUAGGGUUGAUAAAUGUGAUAAUAAAAAAAAUGUAAACACUUGUUGCCACAUCAGAGAGGAAGAAUGUAUGUGAUAGAACAUAUGUUGGUAUUUUUUUAAGAGACAACCUUUCAUCUUUCUUAGUCAUCUCACAAUCCAUGCUCAAGACUCAUCGUCCCUUGAUUUUAAGAACAUUGAUAUCUUUCUAAUUAUUUGAUUCUUUGAUUUGGAGUAGUGGACUGGGUGUAUUUUUGAAACUUAUCUUAUUCUUUUAACAUAAUGAGACUGAUGCUUGGUUUUCUUUGCUUUGAAAACCAUAAAAAUGUACACUUUGAGGUCAGGAACCUCUUUUUACCACUCUUGACUGCCUGCAAACAUUAAAACCAUUUAUACAAAAAGAGCAUUUUCAAUUGAGAAAGAAAAUGGCUGUUUUAAUGGAUUUCAGUUUUUGCAGGCUAAUACAAAUCUGAGUGAGUGCUAGACCUAAGAAGUCCAAAGUCCCCACAAAUAAAAUCCAUUUAGCAACUCUCUUUUUCUCUCUUUCUCUCUCUCUCUCUCUCUCUCUCUCAUAUUUCCCCCCUCCUCCCUCCUCCUCCCUCCUCCUCCCUCCUCCCUCCUCCCUCUUCCCUCCUCCCUCCUCCCUCUUCCCUCUUAUCUCCUCCCUCCUCCUCCUUCCCUCUUCCCUCCUCCCUCUUCCCUCCUCCCUCCUCCCUCUCUCAAGCAACUUUUCCUCCAAAUCGCAUACUUUUAAUUUUUCUUCCAGUUGUGUUAGAGGCCUUUACAGGAGGAUAUUGUCUUCUGUCUUGUACUAUCUUCAAAUGUAUUGUUCUGGAGUUACUAUGUACUUUUUUAGCUGAUAUUUGGAAUACUCUUGAUUUCUAGUACAUGAUUAUUGCAGUUGCUAAGAGGUGUGAUCUGCAUGGCCAUUUUAUUUAAUAUAUUAAUUUAAGCUGAAUGUGUCUGAUGUUACUUGAAAUGUUUUUGCAAAGCACUAUCCUCUAUAUCACAGAACCCCUAAAUAUUCUUAAACAUAAAAAAUAAUCUAGGAAAUUAAAGUGUCUCACAAAGUGUAGGCAAGCUGCAUAAUCAUUACUGAUGUAUUACAUUUGCAAAAAUCUUUGGUAAAAGCAAUAUCCCCAAAUAAAUAUGCUUUAUAGCCCUACUCUCUGCAGGUUAAAAACAUGUUUAAAAAACUAUCAAUGGCAUAUAAUGUUAGCUUGAGACAUGAAAGAGAUGCAGAACAGUACUUUACUCUUAACAUUGCAGUGUAUACUAUAAUAUAUUGACCAAGAAUUUGCAGUAAUAAUACACUCAUUUUUCUCAGAUUCCUUGAAAUGUGGUUAAACUGAACAGUGGUUUUAUGUAUAUAACUUUGAGCACUAACAAUGAUCUGUAUCUCGUGUCACAUUCCCAUUUCUGCUCUCUCUUUCCAUAGCAGCCAGUUUGACUGUAGAUCAGUGCUGAUUCUGAAAACAAAGCUAGCUGCAUUUAUUUUUGCAUUUUAAACUCAUGGAUGAGGUUUGUAAAGAAUAUAUUGAAGUUCAUCCUGCCUCACAGAGCACUUACAGCAUAUGAAAAACACCACAGAUAUAAGGUGCAUACAUAUAUAUGUGUAUAUAAAUAAAUCUAUACGAGUGAUAUGUACCCUUUGUGACAUCAGUCAUGUUUCUUACAAUCACAUGUCAGCUUAUUUACCACAACCCCAUUUUGAUGGUUGUAUUUGCAAGCCUGUAUUUUUUACUGAAUUAUCCAGCCCAGCUAAGCCUAUUAGUUAAAAGGGUUAUUCAGCUGAUAAGAAAGAUGGGAUAGAAUACUGUAGAUAGCAUGAAUGCUCUUCCUCAUGCUGUAUAUGCUCACCUUUUGAUGGGUAAAACCAUGAUUGUUGGUGCUCGUCCACGUCUUUUCUUCAUCCCUACAAACAAUUUACAAAUGUGCCACCAGAGGGUUGAGCACAGGGUCAUUUGUUUGAACUUGAGUGUUAUUUUAUUACUCAUUACAUUCUAUGGCUUGCUAGAUAAAGACUUUUGGGAUUGCCCUGUUUUAUCUGUUUGUGGAAUGAGUUUUUAUUAGCAUUAUUUUUUUUUAAUUAAGAGAUCAUUCACUAUGGUAUAUCAUGUCUGUUUUCAUACCAAUAGAAUGUUAUAAAAGACAAAGCAUCAUGCAAUAACCCUCCUGUUUUGUUUGAAUGUGCUAAUUAUCUCAACAAUUGGGCAGAUUCUGCAUGCUCAGUAUUAUGUACUCAAGAUGAAAGUAACCAAGUUAUCAAGUUGUAUAAUUAUACAUUUUGUUCAAUUUGAUAUUUUUCCUCUCCUUAAUAAUGUUAACCAAAUACUGGUGUGCAGUAAAUGCAUCAUUUUGAUGAAUGAAACAGUUAUAGAUUACAUUAGUUUCUUUACAGUUAGUUCAUUUGUAGCAAAACCUUUGUAUUCUUCUAUUGAAUUUUAUAUUACAUUCAUAAAGUGCAAGUUUAUGAGUAAACUGAAGUAAGAAUA